UUUAUUUAUUACGAGUUUGUAGGCUUUAUUGAUCAAUUAUUGUUUGCCAAGACGGUUGCCUUUCGAAAGUAAUAGUAGCGGACAUAGGAUAAUACGGAUUAAUCGCUGAAUUGAUAUUCAUAAGCGAGUGUCAGUCCAAAAAUGUGCGAAUGGCAUCAUUUGGCCAGGCCGAAAAGUGAAGACCCCUGUGAUAUAAGGUGGCGACAAUGGCCAUAAAAAGCUCCCUGGCAAGUGAAUCCGAGCUUUCGUCCCGUUAGUCGCCCCAUCAGCUGACCUGAAGCAACAACAACCUGUGCGGAGGAACCAAGUUUCGCGCUAAAAAUACUCAAAGUUCAUGGUCAACGUCCUGGAACGGAGUGGGUAGAUCUAAUCCGUGAAAUUCGCAUUAUAAAAUGGCCCUGAUUCGCUGCUGCUUUGAGCCCCCGGAACUCCCCGAAUUCUUUGACAGUUUCGUACAGAAGUGCACGGAUCCAAGUUGCUGCUGCGGAUGCUGCUCGGCGCUCAGGCCGCGCUACAAGCGCCUGGUGGACAACAUAUUCCCGGUGAAUCCGGAGGACGGCCUGGUCAAGUCGAACAUGGAGAAGCUGACCUUCUACUCGCUCAGUUCGCCGGACAAGCUGGACAGGAUUGGCGAGUACCUGUACCAGAAGGCCACCAAGGACAUUAACAGGAAGCGCUACAAACUGGCCGAAAUCGCCAUGGAGGCCAUGGACCUGCUCCUUCAGGCCUGCCAUGCCCAAACGACGCUGAAUCUGUUUGUAGAGUCCUUCCUGCGCAUGGUGCAGAAGCUGCUGGAGGACUCAAACCCCAACCUCAAGAUAAUGGCCACCAAUUCGUUUGUGAAGUUCGCCAACAUCAACGAGGACACCCCAUCCUACCAUCGACGCUACGACUUCUUCAUCUCGAAGUUCUCUUCGAUGUGCCACAGUGAUGCGGCCAGCAUGCGGGACAGUUUGCGUUUGGCGGGGAUCAAGGGCUUGCAGGGCGUCAUCCGGAAAACAGUGUCCGACGAUCUGGUGGAGAACAUCUGGGAGGCGGAGCACAUGGAGAAGAUAGUGCCCUCGCUGCUGUUCAACAUGCAGUCCGGGGAUCUAACGCCCGUGGAGGAUGCCACCAAUGUAACGCCGCCCGCUUUGGCGGAGGAGGUACUGCGCGAGCUGGUGGGUCGCGCCUCCUUUGGACACAUUCGCAGCGUUCUGAAGCCGCUGCUGACCCACCUGGACCGCCAUGAGCUGUGGGUGCCCAACACAUUUGCGAUUCACACAUUCCGCAUCGUGAUGAUUUCCAUACAGCCGCAGUACUCGUACACCGUGGUGGAGACGCUGAUGCAGCAUCUGGACAACAACUUCAAGUCCUCGCCCAAGACGCGCACCUCGCUGGCAGUAGUUCUCUCAAAGAUUAUCGCCAUAGCAGCGGGCGAGAGUGUCGGGCCCUCGGCCCUGGACAUUAUCAACAAUCUGCUGACCCAUUUGCGAACGAGUGUGAGCACGACCACCGAGAUCACACCCGAGGAGUCGCAGUACCAGGAGGCGCUUAUUAACGCGCUCGGCGAGUUUGCUAACCAUCAUCCCGACUACCAGAAGAUCGAAAUCAUGCUGUUCAUCAUGAACACGGUGCCGGAUCUAUCGAAGAAGAGCAAGGGCGACCAGAUGCUGCAGAACAUCCUGCUGAAAUCGCUGCUCAAGGUGGGCACCCAGUACAGCACCGUCUCGUUUGAGAAGGCCUUUCCGGCCUCCUUCCUGCAGCCGCUGCUUAAGAUGGCUCGAGCGCCGCACGAUCCCACGCGCAUGGUUGUGAUGCAGAUUCUGCAAGCGCUGCUCGAUCGGCACCAGAACGAAAAGGUGCUCAGCAGCGUCAGUGUGAAGCCAUACCCAGCGCUCUCGCAAGAGCCGCCAUCACGUUCCGACAUCAUAUUCACGCACAAGUACGGCGCCAACAUUAUGCAGGCGCUGAUCGACUCAAUGGCGCUGUCGGAUCGAGUAGAUGCCCUCUCCUCGAGCUAUAACACCGCCGCGCUGCUCAUCGUCGAGAUGUCUUGCAACGAAACGGUGCAGGAGUUUCUACUGUUUAUCCUGGGAAUCCAGCAGGUGGCCAGCACCGUGGAUACUUUGGGACCCGUGCACAAGUGCAGCCUGCACGCCAUCUCCAUUGGCCUGCUGGUGCUCAUCGCGCGAGUGAGCGGCAUUAACAACCUGCUGGAGUAUGCUCAAAAGAUCGUGGACGCUCGGCGGGAGGAGGCCACCCACUACCUGCCACCGCUGCUCGAGCCGAAGAAGGUGUCCGGGAAGAAUCUAAAUCUAUCGCUGCCGCACCUUGCCAUAGACAAGUUGGCGCUGGGAGAGUGUCUGCAGAACGCGGGCAUGGAUGCCCAGCGGAUCAACACGGGAGCACCGUACUCGCUCAACCAGACGGAUCAUCCGGGCCAUCGGCACUCCUGGGUGGAGUCGGUCAGCAACCAGCUGACCCAGCGCAACAGUUCUGCGGAUCUGACCGUUUACAACGGCGAUGUGGACAGCGUUAGCAGUUCGCCGGGCGUUUGCAAGAAGCUCCUGGCGCCCGAGUUCAACUUUGAUGCCAUGAAGCGGGCUCUGGCGGAGCCCACUGAGGCUGCCAAGCGGGAGCAGCGCGAGCGCCAGAUGCAGAUCGUUCGCACCUUCCGCGAGGGCGAGUUUGACGAUCUAAUGAGACGCACAGAACCCAAGCACGAUCUCAUCCAAAACCGCCUGAAUGAGCUGUUCAACUCGCUGGCCGUGGAACGCCAGAUUACGCAGAGCGACACCAAGGCCGCUCAGUUGCAAGCUGGCAAUGAGAAGCCCAUCUACGAGACGAACUUCCCCGAACUCUUUUACUACUAAAACGUAUUCCCCUCGAUCCGGAAUCCCCAUCCGGCGAAUAUUCCCUACUCAAUUCACGUAUAUAUAGCCCUGAUUGCGAAUUUGUUUGGUGUCUGUAUGGAGCUAGUUAAAUUUAAUUAAAUUUUCUGUUGUUAAAUGCAAACAAUUUAAUUGUUAAACCACCUUGGAUAUGUACUUUGAAUUAAUUGUUAUACAAAUAUAUAUGUAUACACAAG